UUUGAAAUUUUUUUAAAUGUACUCUGUUAUGAGGAGGAGCAAGUCACAAUUAAAAAUAUGGUUUUAAUGGUCGACACAGUUUAAUUGUGUUUACAUCUAUUGUUUAUUUUUAUGUUCGAGAUGUGGCCCAAACUGGUUGAUUACUCUAAAGAAGAGUGUAAACAAAUGUUAAGACGACUUGAACUUGAAGCAUAUUCUUCGGUCGUCAAUGCACUCCGAGCACAAGGCGAUUUAAAUCAGGCAAAGGCUAAAAUCUUACAUGAUCUUUCAAAUAUGUUAAGUAUAACCUUGGAACGUCACCAAGCAGAGAUUCGUAGAGCAGUUAAUGAUGAAAGAUUGUCAACAAUUGCUUAUCACGUGAGUGGUGAAGAAUCUUCACAUGAAUGGACAGUUGCUGGUAGACGGUUAAUACCUUUGUUACCUCGUUUAAUACCUCAAAAUCAAUUAACUGAGAUCGCGACUCAAUCUGCUGUGAAUCAAGCUACAAAAAACGAAUCUCUUUCCUCUCCUUCUAUGACUGCUUUCAAAAAUGUUGUUAAAAAGGAAAAAUUAGAUAGCCAUUCUAACGACAUUUCCUUGUCACCUACUGUAUCAACAUCUACUAUAUCUGUUACAGUGUCAUCACCAUCAUCAUCACAGUUUACAUCUACAUCAGUUUCACCUUCCGGGACAACAACUUCAUCCACAACCCCCACUAAAAGACUGAAACUUGACAAUGGAUCAUCCAUCACCGAUUCAUCAUUAAUUUCACCUAAAAUCAAACAAAGCAUCCCAACUUCCCCUAAGUCUUCUAUAAAAUCUGUUUCUGUUAUCUCAACCACGCGAACUAGUAUACAACUUCCUCCUACUUAUACAAUCUCCUCCACUGGUCCUAGAGUAGUUUUCAUGUCUUCUAAUGGUACUGCUGCUAGAACCUUAACUGUUAAUGAUGUCAACUCAUCUGCCACGCUUCUGACAGCAUCUUCCAACGGCGGCUCCGCUAGUACUAUCACUAAAGCCAGAGUUGUAGCUCAAGGGUCUGCGUUAGAACCUGGAACCAUUUUCAGUACAGCUAAACGCAUAAUUAGAACAACAGCUAAACCAUUUGUAACUGGUAACAGUGCUCAAAGCGGUAUGGCAUCAGCAGUUACCUUAGCACCUGGAACACGGAUUAUACCAGCUAAAAGUGCUUUUCCUCAGCAAGUUGUAGUUUUUCCUUCUAAUGGUGGACCACAAAAAACAAUAACCAUACCUCUUUCACAGACAAUCAAACAACUUCAAGUUCCCAACGUGCCUGGAAGUGGAAAUGCAGCAGUUGUGUACCAAGCUGCUUCCAACUCCAGCACACCAUCGUCCGGCGCGUUAAAAACUACUAUUCCUGGUACAAUAACUAUACAAACAUUCAAACCCUCUCCUGCAUUAAUUGCAAUUAGCCAGUGAUUGUUAAAUAGUCUAAGACUAAGUGUUAGACUUCAUAAUUUAAUUUUUAAAAUCUAUAGAAUUAGAAAGAAAUGUUUGACAAGACUGGAAAGAUCCAACAUUGUCUCAACUCAAUCAUCAGAUGAUUUUUAUUUAAAUCUGGUUUGCUCAAUAUGGAACUUUUUCUGUAUUUCCAUGGAACUCCUUGUUAAUUUUUUUCCUCAAAGCAUUUAAUCUAGCAAUAAUAUAAGGCUACAAAUCAACUUGAAGGUGAAGUUUAACUUCACAACUAGCCUCAACAAAUCAUGAAGAGCAAUUAACGUGCCAAAUGUGAUUAUUGUUCCAAAAUAUGGUCAACCUGAAUCUCAAAUACAAUCCAGUGCUUCGACAACUCAACUCACAAUCAAAUGAAGCGACUAGAUGCCAAAUUUGAGUCAUGAUGAAGCUUCAUGGCUUACUCUUUUUUUCAAGUUAUUGCGUUUAAAAACUAUUUGCUGCGACUUUUUCGUAUUGUUAUAGUCAAAUCCACUGCAUGCUCAUUCAUUUAUUAAAGUUUGUAAAGAUGUGAAUAAUCGCUAAACUAAAUUUGGAACCCUUUACUCAGCAUUUACCAGCUUUUAAUGAUCCAUAUCAAGCAUCGUAAUCAAAUCUUCUCCGUGGCCAGUCAUUCAUUAUUCUUUCUACUUUGUUAAUUUACUGAUAUGCUACUGAACUGUUCCACCCUUAAAGCGUUUUCACUAUCCUUUCGAAACUUUUCUGCACUUUAAGUUUUGAAUGAAUUUAUAAAGAUUAAUUUAUAUUUCAGCGAAACUUUAAAAGAUUUUUUUGUUCAUCGAUCAUCCAUUAGAGGUUGUAUAAACAUCUACCAUACUGUCAUUGUUAUCAAAUAACUCACCAAAUCAAUGGUAAAUGAUGUAAAAGACGUUAAGAUAAUUUAUCGAAUUGGAUGUAUAUUAAAAUAAACGAUAUAAUUAAACGAAAAA